CAAUGCCUUAUUGUAAACAGGAAGUGCGUCACGGAAUUUCAAACCCGUAGAGUCCCGUACAGCUCGUACCAAAUCACCUCAGCGUUUGGGAAUUACGCGAAUAAAUAUUAUUUUACUUAUUACUAUUUCUCUUGAUCUAGAAGGCGACUUCGCGCGUGGGCCCCGCUCGCAGAGACGCGCGAUCUUUGACUGUGAGGAACUUGAUUCAUUCACGCUAACGCUCUUCCAGAUCCGAGGCAUCUGAGGAUUGAGAAGCGAUAUCAAAUUCUGUCCGUGUCCACAUCACCCAGACAGAACCGGAACCGGAUCCAGCAGCAGAAGUGCGUCUCAAACGGGUCCAGAGCGGGACUUCAGUGAUAGUCAGCUGAUCUUUUGAAGACGCCGCACUGGUUUCCAUUGGCAACGGGCACGCGCACGGAUUUCAUCGUAAACACUCGGUUUCUUCUGGGGAUCAGACAUGACUUCGAAACAGAAGAAGGGGCUUCGAAGCUCUAUAGAUGACGUGUUGGGAGAUCUGCUGGGCGAUGGCGAGGAUGAAGGUCCGGUGAAGCCGCGCUCACCUGCAGCUCUGUCCAGCAGACCCACGGCCGUCCUCGCGUCCCGCGGCGGGAAGAGGUCGCUUCUGGACGACGAUUUCUUCAGUAAACUGGCCGAAGAGGCCGAGAAAGACGACGAGGGCUCUGACGUGUCUGAGGCCGAUCCCGCCGCUCUGCUGGACAGCAUGAAGGACAUGGAUGACAUGGACGCGGAUCUCUUCAGCUCCAAGAAGAAGCCGAGCUCAGCUCCUGCUCAGAAGAACGAGCCCAAAAGAGCAGAAACCGCUAAAGCGGACGCCGCUCCCGAGGAGAAGAAGCCCAGUUCGGCUCCGGCCGCCGCAGCGAGAACGUACAAGAAGUUCAGCUUUCUGGACGACGAAGGUGGAGGUCUCGGUCCUCCUCUUGCUGGCGAAGAUAAAGGGGACGAACCGUUGGAUGAUUUACUGGAUGACCUGGAACCCAAGCAGAAGACGGCUAAGAAAACCGAGCCGCCGUCCUCUUCCUCGCCGGCCUCUCCUCAGAAAACUGCUGCCGUGAAGAAGAGGGACGACCUGACGUUCGACGACGACGAAGACGACCUGAUGGACGCUCUGGGCUUCGGAGAAACGCGCAAAACGCAAGAAAGCGGAAAGGCGCCGAAGAAAGACGGCGAUCCUCCUCAGAGAGCCCGUACGCGACUGGAUGAGAUCCUGGGCCGAGGGACGUCCCCCCGUCUGCUGGAGAGACCCGUCACGGGAGAGAAGAAGGACGCGCCGCAGCCCGAGAAACAGACGGAGAAGAGCGCAGCGGGGAAAGCCUCUCUGGUGGACGACGAGGACUUCGCGUUCGGCUCCUAUCAGCCCACCGUGGGCUCGACUCCAGAGGGCCGCCAGUCCCGCAGACAGUCUGUCAGAUUCUCGACUGAAGACGUGAGCGUUCACUCGCCCGAACACAAGCCCAAACCCUCGGCGCGCGCCGCCCGGCCCAGAUCUGACUGGCUUGGCCUGAAGCAAGACGAAGAAGAGCUAAAGAUGAAGGAGGAGCCCAGACAAUCAGCAUCAGAGACCCUGAAGCCCCCGGCGUCACCCUCCACAGCGGCCCGAAAAGAGACGCCCGCUUCUCCUAAAACCACCUCCAAACCAGUGAAGAGAGACGAGGACGAGGAAGACGACUGGCUCGCUGGAGCGCUGAGCCGCAAGAAAACACAGUCUGUGAGCCAAUCAGAGGACAGGAAGCAGGAAGCGUCGUCAGGGCUGGGGGAGGAAGUGGACGCGUUUGUCAGCUCCAAAUCAAAUGUGCCUUCAGUCCCACGAAGACGACAGGAAGAGUCUCCCGUCCCAAACACAGAGCCCAGCAGAGAGUCCACUGGCGUCUACAUCCAGAGCACCGCCAGCUCAGAAGCUCAACACAAACCUGGACUCAAUCAGACCCUCUCGUCACAGUCCAGAGAGCCUAAGCCACGGCCCUUUAACUCAUCCAGCAGCACACAACCCAAACCACACGCUCAGGACCCCAGAGCACCCUCAGGACGGGACGUCCAGACAGAGACGCUCCCCUCAAGCCCCUCCCAGGGGUGGCGUGUGCCUGCUCUAGCGCCCCCUGCGGUGUGGAUGUUUCCACAGAAGUCUCCUGCAGAGGGCGCUGUACCUGUGACCCAAACACACACACCUCUGUCUGCAGACAGUCUACAGCAGCUUCUCAUACAACAACAGCUGGCUCAGUCUCAGCUGUGGGGUCUGAGCGGCUCUCUGGACUCACAGAGACUCCGAGACACGGACCAUCAGCACGACGUGACGUCACUGCAGAAGCGCAUCAUCCAGCUGGAGGGACAGGUGAGGAGCUUACAGCUGGAGAGAGACCAGAAUCAGAUGCUGUUAGAGAGCGUUCAGCAGAGACACAGACAAGACACUGAGCUCAUGGAGAACAUGCACAGAGCGCGUGUGAAGCUGCUGGAGGAAUCGUCGGCUCAGCGGGAGCUGCGCUCGCGGCAGGAGAACGAGGACCUGGCGGAGAGACUGGCUGCGGUCGCGCGUCUGGCGGAGCAGGAGAGAGCAGAGAUGCAGGCUCAGCAGCAGCGCAGACUCACGCAGUGUCAGCAGGACAGAGACAGAGAGGUGGAGAGACUCAGAGACCUGCAGAGGAAGUCCAUCCUGGAGAUGAAGAGAGAUCAUGAAGAGCAGAUCCAGCGUCUGAAGAAACUGAAGGACGAGGAGAUCGAUGCAGUGACCAGCGCCACGUCUCAGACCAGGUCUCUGACGGUGGUCAUCGAGCAGAUGGAGCAGUUCUCCCGCAGGCUGGGCGAUCUCUCGUCUCGGGUGGAGAGUUCACACGAAAACACGGCGCAGGGGCUGGAGGUCGGAGCCAGACAGAGAGACGAGCAGCUCCGAGGUACAGACACAAACACGGACACCUCCAGAUCGGCGCAGAGCGGAUCUGAACCUGUCCUACUCUCAGUCCUGCAGGAGCGCUUGAGUCAGCAGCAGCGCGAGAUGGCCGAAGAGAGGUCACGGCUCAAAGAGGUCAUCGCCAAGAUGGACACGCAGCUGGCCGAGCAGCAGAGACAGCUGGAGAAGGAGCGCUGGAGGGUCACGUCAGAACAGGCCAAAGCCGAAUCCUCCCUGCGAGGACUGGAGGAGGAGAGACGCACCAUGAUGCAGCAGUUCAGCAUGGAGAGAGAUGAGCUGGAGAGGGCAAAGAGCGCUCUUCUGGAGGAGCAGCAGUCCGUCAUGCAGCACUGUGCUGAAGAGCGCAGGAAGCUGGCGGCCGAGUGGAGCCGCUUUCACACGCAGGAGAAAGUGCGUCAGGAGCGCGUGGAGAGAGAGGCCAGCCGCGCCAUGGAGAGAGACGCACACAGAGAGGGCUCCAUCUUCAGCAUGGCGCAGGAGCAGGCGGACCUGAAGCUGCGCGCCGGAGAGCUGAAACAGAAGGAGGAAGCGCUGCAGAGAGACAGAGACGGUCUGGAGAAACUGAGACAGGAGCUGGACGCUGAGAAAGAGCGACUGAGCACCGCCGCGCUGAGGCUCAAGACACGAGCGCAGGAGGUGGAGGGGUUCAGUAAGCUUGCCUCCGAGCGCUUCGAGGAGGGAGAGAGAGCUCUCAGAGAGGCCAGACAGGUGGAGGCCGAACAUCAGACGCGCCUGCGCAACAUCCACACGCAGAUGGAGAGACUGAGACAACAGGAGCACAACCUACAACAGGAGCGUCUGAGGAGGACGGAUCACCACAGAGACACGGAGCGACUGAGACACACUCCUCCCGUCCACCCGGCGCCUCUCAUCACAGACUUCUCUCCAGCGUUAGCCAGCACACACCUGACGGCCGCAGUGACCCCGCUGCCCCCUGAGCUCCACGCCCGCCUCGCCCUCAUCAAACACACGGCCGAGAAGGACAGAGACUUCCUGCAGGAGGAGCAGUACUUCCUGGACACUCUGAAGAAAACCUCGUACAACUCCGCCGUGAACACAUGACCACGAGAGACGGGGGUGGUUUUGAUACGCUUUAUUUAAUAAACACGUAAAACAAAGCCGUUCUGUGUCCUGGCCUCAAUCUCCAGCAUUCAGAGCCACGAUGGAGCGCAU